CUUCAUCCACCAGGCCCGGCUAAGUCCAGUUCAGCCCCUCUCGGCGGCGACGAUUAACGGGAAUCUUCGGAGAAGUCUUUCGCAGACCCAGUAAGUCUCUUCAUUGUGUUGAAAAACUCCACGGGACAAACGUGUGAAUGUGUGUGGAUGGUAAAACAUCACUUGAUAUUGUGUUGCAUGUAACAUAGUGGGAAGAGAUAAGGAAUUUCUGCGGAAGCACAGGCCAGAAUUCCUCACCAGGAAACUGGUCAAAGAAGGAAUUACCAAAGGAAGUCAUUAUUCAUCCAUCCAUUUUCUUCCGGUUAUCCAGGGUCGGGUCACGGGGGCAGCAGCUUUAGGAGGGACUCCCAGACUUUCCUCUCCCCAGCCACUUCAUCCAGCUCAUCCCGGGGGAUACCAAGCCGUUCCCAGGCCAGCUGAGAGACAUAGUCUCUCCAGCUCGUCCUGGGUCGACCACGGGGUCUCUUACCGGUGGGACAUGCCCGGAACACCACCCCAGGGAAGCGUCCAGGAGGCAUCCUGAUGAGAUGCCCAAGCCACCUCAUCUUGCUCCUCUCAACGUGGAGGAGCAGUGGCUCUACUCCGAGUCUCUCCCGGAUGACCGAGCUUCUCACCUUAUCUCUAAGAGAGAGCCUGGACACCCUGCAGAGGAAACUCGUUUUGGCUGCUUGUAUCCAGGAUGUCAUUCUGUCGGUCACGAUGCAUAGCUCGUGACCAUAGGUGAGGGUAGGAGCGCAGAUCAACCGAUAAAUUGAGAGCUUUGUCUUUUGGCUCAGCUCUCUCUUCACCACGACGGUACAGAGUCCGCAUUACUGCCAACGCUGCACCGAUCCGCCUGUCGAUCUCGCGCUCCAUCCUGCCCUUACUUGUGAACAAGACCCCAAGAUAUUUGAACUCCUCCACUUCCACCCUUUUCAGACCAUGGACCAUGAACUCGGAUUUGGAGGUGCUGACCCUCAUCCCGACCACUUCACACUCGGCUGUGAACCGCUCCAGUGAGAGCUGGAGAUUACGGCUUGAAGAAGCCAACAGCACCACGUUGUCUGCGAAAAGCAGAGACGCAAUGCUGAUAUCCCCAAACCAGACACCCUCAACGCCUCGGCUGCGCCUAGAAAUUCUGUCCAUAAAAGUUAUGAACAGAAUCGGUGACAAAGGGCAGCCUUAGGCAGAUAUAUGAUGGCGCCGCGGAUGGCAGCCACGCCAGAGCGGCGGUGCUAUACAAGCUAGGGCGACGACGGCGGCGCGGAAAACGAGCCGGAGCACUCGUAAGGCUGAGGCAGAGAGAGUUCCGUUCUGCCCUACCGUCAAUUCAUCUGGCGAAUGUCCGCUCCCUGGCGAACAAGAUGGACUGCUCUUCACUUCAGCAGAUCCGCCGCGCUGUGCUUUGUUGAAACGUGGCUCAGCAAACGAACCUCCUACCACGCCGUGGAGCUAGCGGGGUUUCGGCUGACUCGUCCAGAUCGCAGCGCGGAGCUUUCCGGAAAAUCAAAGGGAGGUGGUCUCUGUUUCUACAUUAAUGAACGUUGGUGUACUGAUGUCACCGUGUUGAAAGAGUUUUGCAGCCCUCUCCUAGAAACACUUUUCAUAAACUGCCGGCCGUUCUAUUCACCACGGGAGUUCUCCUCGAUCGUCAUGGCGGCUGUUUACAUUCCACCACACGCACGUGCGAGUGAAGCCACGCAGAUGCUGGCUGACCAGGUAACAGACAUGGAGAAACUUCUACCAAAUUCACUAAUCAUUGUUCUGGGUGAUCUUAACAGGGCGAACCUCGCACACAAACUCCCCAGAUACAGACAGCACGUAACGUGUCCCACCAGAGGGGCACAGACUCCGGACCACUGCUCCGCCAUGACCAAGGAUGCAUACCACUCUGCGGCUCGUGCAGCUUUAGGACUCUCGGACCACUGUCUAGUUCAUCUGAUCCCGGCCUACAGGCAGAAACUAAAAACUUCUAAGCCUGUGAGGCCGCGCCCGCUCUCCAGAUCCGCGAGGAGGAAGUGCGCCAGAUGUUCCGGAGACAAAAGACCAGGAAGGCACCGGGCCCAGACGGCGUGUCACCUUCCUGCUUGGAAGUCUGCGCUGAGCAGCUGGCGCCCACCUUUCCACGGAUCUUCAACCGUUCUCUGGAGCUGUGUGAGGUGCCCUCGUGCUUCAAGAGCUCUACCAUCGUUCCAGUGGCCAAGAAGCCCGCCAUCACAGUUUGCCUACCGGGCAAACACGUCAGUGGAUGAUGCGGUCAACAUGGGACUACACUAACUCCUGCAGCACCUGGACACCCCAGGAACGUACGCCAGGAUUCUGUUCGUGGACUUCAGCUCGGCGUUCAACACCAUCGCUCCUGACAUCCUCCAACAGAAGCUCAUCCAGCUUGCAGUGCCUGCCUCCACCUGUCAGUGGAUCACCAGCUUCCUGACGAACAGGAGACAGCGUGUGAGGCUGGGGGGCAUCACAUCUGACACCCGGACCACCAAUACUGGAGCCCCUCAGGGGUGCGUCCUCUCCCCACUGCUCUUCUCUCUCUACACCAAUGAUUUCUCCUCAGGUGACUCUCCUGUGAAGCUCCUGAAGUAUGCAGACGACACCACUCAUCGGACUGAUCCAGGACGGUGAUGAGACUGCGUACAGACAGGAGGUGGAGCGGCUGGUCCACUGGUGCAGCCAAAACCACCUGGAGCUGAACCCGCUCAAGACGGUGGAGAUGACACUGGACUUCAGGCGAGACCCUUCACCACUUUUACCCCUCACUAUUCGCAGUAAUACUAUUCUCUCCACAGACACCUUCAAGUUCCUGGGAACCACAAUCUCUCGGGACCUGAAAUGGACCGACCACAUAGACUCUGUCCGGAAGAAGGCCCAGCAGAGGCUGUACUUCCUGAGACAGCUCAAAAAGUUCAACCUGCCGCGAGAGCUUCUGAAAACCUUCUACACUGCCAUCAUCCAGUCUGUCCUCUGCACCUCCAUCACUGUCUGGUUUGGAUCGGCCUCCAAACAAGACAAGCACAGACUGCAACGGACAAUCAGGACUGCAGAAAAGAUCAUUGGAAUCAACCUCCCAUCUAUCCAAGCUUGUACCUGUCCAGGACCAGGAAACGUGCAAGGAACAUCUCUACAGACCCUUCUCACCCAGGUUGCAGUCUGUUUGAACUACUCCCCUCCGGACGGCGUAAUAGAGCUCGGUACGCCAAAACCAGCAGACACAGAGACAGCUUCUUCCCCCAGGCUGUUGCUCUGGUGAACUCACACCACUCUUAAGAUAAGAUAAGAUAAGAUAAUCCUUUAUUAUUCCCUCAAUGGGGAAACUCCUGUGUUAGCAGCAGUACACUUAACAUAUACACACACACACACGCAUGCGGGGAAGGGGGUAAAGAUUUUAAGAAGUAGAAGGUAUAUAUAAUUAAAAAAAAUAUGGACAGUGUAUACAAAAUACUGGAAAUAUACAGUGGAGAUAAAAAAAUAUUAGAUAAAAAAAUAGUGCAAAAAAAGUGCAAAGAAAGCAGGUAAAAGAGUGUGAGGUAGACAGAUAUUGCACAUAGUGUGAUUGCACAUAUGGUUAUUGCACGUUAUUGCAUGUUAUUUUGUCCGUUAGCUACGAUGGUCGGCCUGGUUGUACAGUCUGAUGGCAGCAGGGAGGAAGGACCUGCGAUGCCUCUCGGUGGUGCAUCGUGGGUGACGAAGCCGGUCGCUGAUGGAGCUCUCCAGGGCUCUGACAGUCUCAUGAAGGGGGUGGAAGACAUUGUCCAUGAUGGAGGACAGCUUAGCCACCAUCCUCCUCUCCCCCACCACCUCCACCCGGUCCAGACUGCAGCCCAGGACAGCGCCGGCUUUCUUCACCACCUUGUCCAGCCUCUUCCUCUCCGCUGCAGUGAUGCCGCUGCUCCAGCAGACCAGAGUCUCAGAGUCAUUACUGUGCAAUAACAUCCUGCUCUCCACACCUUUUUUUAAUUUGUCUACACUGUUUGUACUAUGUGUCCUCUCUGCAUCCAUUGCAGCCUGGUCAUCCUGGAAGAGGGACCUUCCCAUCUGUGGUCUCGUCUCAAGGUUUCUCAUUUCCCCUAGCUGGAGUUUUGAGUUUUUCCUUGCCCUUUUGGGAGUUUAAGAUCAGGGGAUGUUUGAGAAUAUUUGCCAUUUUCCACAUGUUCUGAGUGUUGUUAGUCACCUAAAUGUUGAACAGAGGGUGUGAUUUACCAAAGUCAAAUUCCUUGUUUGGGACGCUCAAACAUGGCGAAUAAAAACUCUUGAAUCUUGAA